CCAUCACGUCUUUCUUUAUUUUGUUUUUAAACGUUUCUGAUGUUUUUCGGCCUGUGAGGCGCGUGUUGGCCUCCAGGGGGCGAAAACACGAAACACAUGCGGCUCAUAGAACCGUAGAAGAAGAUGCUGUGGUUUCUGAUCAGCUGACUUUUGAGGUUCAUCACUGAAGCUAACUGUGAAGCUAGCUGUGAAGCUAACGCUGUUCAGCGUUCAACUGGACGUGUUCGCGCCUCUCCAGGGGAAACAACAUGGCGUUCAUCACAGCCAACUGGAACCCGCUGGGAGAAGCUUUUUAUCGUAAAUCAGAGCUUUUCGACAUGAGCUGGAACAUACGUGAUGGACUGAGAGACAGUUUGGUGGCUGCAGCACCGUACGGAGGACCGAUAGCUCUCCUCAAAGAACCUCACAGACGUUCUCCAAGUUCUCGUCCUCAACUGGAAAUUUAUUCUGCAUCUGGAGUCGCUGUUGCCAGUUUUCCUUGGAAAAGUGGACCUGUGGUCCAGUUGGGUUGGUCGGUCACUGACGAGUUGUUGUGUGUUCAAGAAGACGGAUCAGUUCUGAUCUAUGAUCUGUUCGGAUCCUUCAAGAGACACUUCAGUAUGGGUCAGGAAGUGGUCCAGACUCAGGUGUUGGAGGCCAAAGUGUUUCACUCUCCUUAUGGAACAGGUGUUGCCAUAGUAACCGGCUCCUCUCGCUUCACCUUAGCCACCAACAUUGACGACCUGAAGCUCCGCAGAUUACCUGAGGUCCCAGGUCUUCAGGGGAAGCCAUCUUGUUGGGUCGUCCUGACUCAGGACAGACAGACCAAAGUUCUUCUGUCCAUCGGACCUGAACUCUUCAUCCUGGACAACACGUCCUGUACUGCUGUGUGUCCUCCAGGUCUCGGUCCACAGGGGGGCAGCAUCGUCCACAUGUCUGUGUCUUUCAGCUAUAAAUAUCUGGCUCUCUAUACUGACACGGGACACCUGUGGACAGGCCCCUCCCACCUCCAGGACAAACUGAGUGAAAUUGACACCAAGAAAACGACGACUCCCAAACAGAUGGUGUGGUGUCGCAGACCAAAGAGUCAGCAGCCGUCUGUGGUGCUGAUGUGGGACAGACUCCUCCUGGUGGCCGGAGUCUGCGGUGACAGCAUCCAGUUCCCUGUGGAGGAUCCCUGUGUUCUGGUCGGAGAACUUGAUGGAGUUCGGGUUAUCAGCUCCUCCAAUCAGGAGCUUCUUCAGGAGGUUCCUCUGGUCUGUCAGGAAAUCUUCAAGAUCGCUUCCAUGGCUCCUGGAGCUCUGCUGCUGGAGGCGCACCGCGAGUACCAGAAGUCCAGUCAGAAGGCUGAUGAGUACCUCAGGGAGAUCAAAGAGCAAAGCAUGUUGGGAGAAGCAGUCAGACAGUGUGUGGAGGCGGCAGGUCACGAGUACGACUCCAACACCCAGAGGUCUUUGCUGCGGGCGGCGUCCUUCGGGAAGUGUUUCCUGACGGACUUCAGUCCGGAUCAUUUUGUGUCGACCUGCCGAGAACUGCGAGUCCUGAACGCCGUCAGAGAGAACGCCGUGGGUCUGCCGCUCACACACACCCAGUUUAAACAGAUGACUCUGCAGGUGCUGAUAGACCGGCUGGUGUAUCGACAGUUUUAUCCGUUAGCGAUAGAAAUCUGUCGUUACCUGAAGAUUCCUGAUUAUCAGGGCGUCAGUCGGGUCCUUAAACACUGGGCGUCCUGUAAGGUGCAGCAGAAGGACCUAUCGGAUGAGGCCAUUGCCCGAGCGGUGUGUGUGAAGGUGGGAGACUCACCGGGGGUUUCGUAUUCGCACAUCGCAGCGAAAGCCUACGAGUGUGGACGCACUGAGCUCGCAAUCAAGCUGUUGGACUUUGAGGCUCGAUCUGGAGAACAGGUCCCUCUGCUGUUGAAGAUGAAGAGGAGUCAGUUGGCUCUGAGCAAAGCUGUGGAGAGUGGGGACACGGACCUGGUUUACACUGUCGUGACUUACCUGAAGAAUGAGAUGAACAGAGGAGAUUUCUUCAUGACUCUGAGGAACCAACCAGUCGCCCUCAGCCUCUACAGACAGUUCUGUAAACUUCAGGAACAGGAAACUCUGAAGGAUCUUUAUAAUCAGGACGAUGAUCAUCAGGAACUCGCAAACUACUACGUGACAUCCAGUUAUAGAGAGAAGAGGUUAGAGAGCCGUCUGUCUCUCCUGCAGAGCGCUGUGGACGAAUACAACAAAGCAAAAAACGAUUUUUCAUCAAAGGCCACUGAGGAGGAGAUGCGUCUCCUUCGUUUUCAACGAAAGCUGGAUGACGAGAAGGGGGCGGGUCUACUUGGACUGUCACUCCAGGGGACCAUGGAGGCUUUACUGUCGUUAGGUCUUCACAAACAAACGGAACAACUCUACCGAGACUUCAGAGUCCCAGACAAGAGGUAUUGGUGGUUGAAACUGAAGUCUCUGGCGGAGAAGGAAGAGUGGGAGGAGUUAGAGAAGUUCUCAAAGAGCAAGAAGUCUCCUAUUGGCUACCUGGCCUUUGUGGACGUUUGUAUGAAGUGUAACAACAAGUACGAAGCUAAGAAGUACGUUUCCAAGGUAACUCCUGAGCAGAAGGUCAAAGCUCACCUGGCGGUCAGUGACCUUGAGGGAGCAGCAGACGCUGCCAUCGAGCGCAGGAAUGAGGCAGAGAUGGGGGCUGUCCUUUCCAGAUGCUCCGCCUCUGACCGGCUGCUGAUUGACAGGCUGAACCGAGCUGCAGCUGCCAAGAAGUGAUUCAACUUCUCAUGUGAUGAUCGAUCUGAUUUGAUCACAGACGUGUUGCCAUGGCGACCUGGUACUCUUUCUCUUCAUGUGUGUUGAUCUCAUAUGAUGCUUUAUGUAUUGCUUGAUCAACCCCCCCCCCCCCGUUAUACACACACACACACACACACUAACUCAGUCAAACUGUCAAACUCAAUAAAAAACUGUAAACAAA